GUGUGGCUGUGUGUUGUGUUGUUUAGUGGCCGAACACGUGCGGUGAAAUUAACCAAAACUGCUGUGACACUUUCAGAUGAAGAGUCACAGACGCAAAACCAUUUCGCUGCAGCUGAAAUCUUGAAGCUGUACUUGAUUUCUGAUAUUUCACAUUUUGUGCUCUCCAUUAAGAUGAAACGGUGCCUUUUCUUUCAAUGUCCCUCACAUUGCACCCUGGUGCAUACUACACAGUCGUUCGAUUCAUAUCGUACUUGGCCACUGUAGCUCGGGCUACACGCUCCCUCUAACUCAUUCAGAAGCUUCUGUGUUAAAAGAAUUGCUUUUUUUAUAGUUUCCUUAAGAUUUAAAUGGCGGUCUCGUCACCCAGCCUAGUCAUGUAUGUGAAACCUGAUGAGAAUGGUCCUGGUUCUACGGGUGAGCUAUGGAAUGAAGGUUGAGCAUGGAGUCUCUGUCCAGUCACAGCUCUUACCUACUUCAGCAGCUCCAAGAGCAGCGUAUCCAGGGCUUUCUGUGUGACUGCAUGCUGGUUGUCAAGGGAGUCUGUUUUAAGGCCCACAAAAAUGUCUUGGCUGCCUUCAGUUCAUAUUUUAGGUCCUUAUUUCAAAACUCACCCGGUCAGAAAACUGAUGUUUUUCAUCUUGACAUUAAAGAUGUAGGAGGAAUUGGGCAAAUUCUGGAUUUCAUGUAUACGUCCCAUCUUGAUCUGAACCAGGACAAUGUUCAGGGAAUGUUAGAAAUGGCUCAGUGUCUCCAAAUACCAAAUGUGCUCAAUAUGUGCAAUAAUUUCCUGAAACCAUACACUCCAGCCAUAGAAGCAUCGGGAAGCCUCCCUGGUAGUUCCUCAUUCUCAUUACCAGGUGUUUUGGCAACAGAUACUGAAUGCAUACUUGGGGCCAGUUUGUCUCCUGAGAUGGAGUUGCACGGCUCCUCUGAGGCUCAGAAACCUGCGUGUGCCACUACAGACAUUGAUCUUUCCAGAAGACCACAGACACAUUUGCAAACCCCGGCCUUUGAACCACUGAGUGGUGCUUCAGUGAUCCCAGAUAAGCAGUUGAGUCAUGGUUAUAAGCUGCGAAACUUUUACAGCAAACAGUAUUUUAAACAAAAUGCAGCUCUGAAUGGGGCUGUAAAUCCACCUCAUAGUACUGUGGUAGGGGAGCACUUUUCUUCCAGUGUUACAGACACAAACCCUCCAGUGGAUAUGCCUGUGUCAGCUGUCAACACGGCACAUUGUGUGUCUGAGUCAGCAGGAUCCUUGGGGUCUAGUUUUGUCAUGUCUCCAGCAGUGGAGCACAAUGCAAGUCAGAGCUCUGCAGGUGAGGGCUCUCCAAUUAAUAGGCAGGUUCGACCAAAAAAGGCAGUGUACCUUAAGAAAUACGACUACCUGAGAUCCCAGAAGGCUUUGGAGGAGUCUGUUUUACAGGCGGACGGGAUAGCUGACAGCGCCCCGAAAGAGACAAAUCAGUCUGAGCCCAGGGGCAAGGGGGCUAACGACCAUUCCGCUGACAGCCACAGUGCAGAAAAGGAAAGUAAAGCUGCCCCCGCGCCGUGUUUGCAGCUUCCAAGCGCCUCGCUCGCACAGCUGGACGAGCCUGAGCACAACCCGGCAGCUGGCACGGCAGAUGCUGCCCACCUCCAAAACUACCAGAAGCAAUAUUGUUGUGAGAUGUGCGGAAAGACAUUCAAACAUCCCAGCAAUCUGGAGCUCCAUAAGAGGUCACACACAGGUGAGAAACCUUUUCAGUGCAACAUCUGUGGGAAAAACUUUUCACAGGCAGGUAAUCUACAGACUCACUUACGGCGACACUCAGGUGAAAAGCCCUAUAUCUGUGAAAUCUGUGGAAAAAGUUUUGCUGCCUCCGGUGAUGUUCAGCGGCACAUUGUGAUUCAUACAGGAGAAAAACCGCAUCUUUGUGAUAUGUGUGGUCGAGGAUUUAGUAAUUUCAGUAACCUGAAGGAACACAAGAAGACGCAUACCACGGACAAGGUUUUCACCUGUGACCAGUGUGGGAAGUCAUUUAACAUGCAUAGGAAGCUUCUGAAACACAGAAUUAGGCACACUGGAGAAAGACCCUACACCUGCCAAACAUGUGGGAAGAGUUUUGCGGGCUCCGGAGACUUACGGAGACAUGUCAGAACGCACACAGGUGAGAGGCCCUACACCUGCGACACCUGCGGCAAGUGCUUCACUCGCUCGGCUGUGCUGAGGAGACACAGGACCAUGCACUACAAGACCGGCCAAGACAGCCAGGUGGCCGAGGAGAUAUCUGGGUCAAUGGAAAGCCAAUUCCUUGACCCCGUGUACCAGAAAUCACAGGAUUCGGAUUCAUUUUCUACCCUAAUGCCCGCUCAAGACAAGCUCCCACCUUCCCCAAGUGAUCCGCCCUCUAAUGUUGAAUUUACUCCCAGCUCCUCAGCUUCUUUCUCAGAGCUCCGCUCCAUGGUGCCUCACCACCUACUUGCUCAGCAAGAGAAAUUGUGUCCAGACUCCAUUAAACUGCCAAAGCCUCCGGUACCACAUGAUUCAUUUACUUACACUGAGGAAAACAGUUCGAAUAGUGAGGAGACACCCAGUGCAUCCAUGAUCCGUCCAUCCCUAACGAAUCUUGAAAAUCACUGUAGUCUUCCUUUAGGGAAUCGUACAAAUUCCACUUCAUACAGAAAUAAUGAAGGACCUUUUUUCUCUAGUGUUACUCUCUGGGGAUUAGCUAUGAAAACUCUGCAGAACGAUAAUGAACUGGAGCAAUGAAAUAUCUUAAUGUUUCUUAAAAGUCUUCAUUGUACAUCUAAAUAUACACUCAUGUUAUUAUAAACUAUACAACUUAUUUUCUUCUACCAUUUUUGGAAAAUAAAAAUGCUUAACUAUGCCUGUCUUUCUUGAGAAUUCAUCAUAGUCAAAAUGUUAAGAUGAAUUGAAAGUAUUUUCUUGAUGAAAAUAUUAAAAGUAAUUCAAUAAAGUGUCUUUAUUUGUGA